AUGUCUGUCCUCUCCCGCGCUAUCCAGCUUGCCUUUGUCGCACUUGGCCUCUGCCUCUUCUUCUCCAACUUGGUUGCUGCUCAGCCCAUCGCCGGUCCUUCCCUCGGUGUCUCCGUCAAGGCCGUCAACGGUGUCUGCCGCGCCAGCAAGGCAUGUGAGCUCGAAGUCACUGUCCGCAACACCAACACCAAGAAGCCAGCCACCGUCCUGACCUGGAACACUCCACUUGACGCCUAUGCCGACCAGCUCGGUGUCUUCGAGGUCCGUGACAGCAAGGGAGCCGUUGUCCCUCUCGACUUCAUCCAGAUCCGCCGCAUCACUCCUCCCCCAGCCUCCGACCUCGUUGAGAUCAAGGCCGCCAGCUCCGUCAAAGUCAAGGUCGCUCUCGAGACUCUCUCCCGUGCCGAGCUCCCAGCUGGAACCAAGUACACCAUCACCGCUACCGGUUGGUGGCAGGCCGUCUGGGACCAGCCCAAGCAGCAGGUCGUCAAGACUCACCUCCAGGAGCUCUCCGGUGCUUUCUCUGGCAACUUCAACUCCAACUCCGUCCAGGUCACCAAGGCAUAA